AUGAGUAAUGCCACACGUGCCUUGCCCUCUCCGAUGGCACCUGGCACGCUGGGGACCGGCACAGUGUCCAGGCUGGCCUCAGCCCCCUCAUCCCUGGCCCUCACCCUGGCCACAACUGCCCACAACGAUUCUGAGGAUGGCCAGCAGCUUUUCCUGACCACAACAACAGCGCACGUCAUCUCUGGCAUCUUCGUGUGGUCAGCGCUCAUCGUCACCUUCCACCAGAUCUACACACACCUGAGGAAUUACACCAUUCCCAAGGAGCAGCGCUACAUCAUCCGCAUCCUCUUCAUCGUGCCCAUCUAUGCUUUCGACUCCUGGCUCAGCCUCCUCCUCCUUGGCAGCCACCAGUACUAUGUCUAUUUUGACUCGGUGCGCGACUGCUAUGAAGCUUUCGUGAUUUACAGCUUCCUGAGCCUGUGCUUCGAGUACCUUGGCGGGGAGAGCACCAUCAUGACGGAGAUCCGAGGGAAGCCCAUUGCGUCCAGCUGUGUUUACGGGACCUGCUGCCUUCAGGGCAUGUCCUACUCCAUCGGGUUCCUGCGCUUCUGCAAGCAGGCCACGCUGCAGUUCUGCAUCGUGAAACCCCUCAUGGCGAUCAUCACCAUCAUUCUGCAGGCGUUUGGGAAGUACCACGACGGGGACUUCAACGUCCAAAGCGGCUACCUGUACAUCACCAUCAUCUACAACUUCUCCGUCAGCCUGGCACUUUACGCCCUCUUCCUCUUCUACUUUGCCACCAUGGACCUGCUGCGCCCGUUUGAGCCAGUCCUCAAGUUCAUCACCAUCAAGGCAGUCAUCUUCCUCUCCUUCUGGCAAGGGACCCUGCUUGCAAUCCUGGAGAAAUGUGGGGUGAUCCCUGAAGUUCAGAUCAUCGAUGGGAAGGAGGUGGGAGCUGGAACGGUGGCUGCUGGCUACCAGAACUUCAUCAUCUGCAUUGAGAUGCUCUUUGCUUCCAUUGCCCUGCGCUAUGCAUUCACCUGCCAGGUGUACAGAGAAAAGAAAGAAAACUCAACAGCAAACCUUGCCCCGAUGCAGAGCAUCUCGAGCGGGCUGAAGGAGACCAUAAGCCCCCAGGACAUUGUGCAGGAUGCAAUCCACAACUUCUCGCCCGCGUACCAGCAGUACACCCAGCAGUCAAUGCAGGAGGCAGAGCACAAAGCGCCGGGGGAGAACGGGCACGUGGCCUCCAAGGUGGAGGGACUGAGCGGCAGAAAGAGCAAAAACAUUGAGAAGAGAGUGCUGAUUGUGUCAGAUGAGGAGCUUUAG